AUGAGUGAAAUUGAAAAUGGUAUGAAAUUUGUUGAUUACCCUGACGAAGAUUUCUUAUUUGUUGAUGGAACUCGUCUAGGUUCAACAAUUCCUUCUGCAACUUCUGAUUCAGUAGUUGACGGGAUAGAAAACCAAAUAAAAAAUGAUACUAUUUCUUCUACAGCUUCUGCUACAUCUUGUAAAAGUAGUGAAACAAUGGCUACUAACACUCCACCAGGUACUCCAUCUACAACUACCAGAAAUUCAGCAAAUGCAGGCUCAGGUCUAUUCACCUUGUUUGAAAAACAAAUACAACAAAAUGAUCAUUUAUUAAAACCAUCAGACCAGAAUGAUGCUCAGCACUUGGCACAACAACCUAAUAAUACGAUUACGCUUGUUGUUCCAGGAGAAAUAGAAUCACACAAAAAUUCAUCUUACGCACCUAAACAACGUGAUAAUUCACGUACAAGACCCGUCACUAAAUCCUCACAAUCACAUAAGAGAGCUUUAUCUACAGAAAUAGUAUACAAGCUUUUAGGAAAUAAUACAGCAUCAGAAUCAACAAGCUAUCUUGAUGAACUUAAUGUAAUAGAUUCUAGGAGUAAAAGGCACGACGGAAAGAGAAAAGCUUUAAGUUUGAUGGUUGAUUCGUUUAAAAGUCCUUCCGGUCAACCAAAUCUUAGUGUUUUAUCUAAUAACACCACUUUGACAACAAAAGAGAAAAGAAAAACUAUUUCAGCUACAUCAUCUGGUAGUUCAAAUGCUGCCAAGAAAGUCAUGGAUUGGUUUAGAAGAAAAUCUUUGGCUAAACAAGACAUUCCUAUUACAAUUGAUAAUGACAAUGUUGAACAAGCUGCAGCUUCAACUCCUGAUUUAACAUCAAAUAAUAACAAUGGUCGUUCGUCAAAAAACAACAUAUUUAAAAAACCAAAAAGUAACAACAACAAUCCUUCGGUAAUUGUCACUCAACCAAAUAGCAUUGCAAAUUCAUCAUCAUCAUCUAGACAAUCCACAAUGACGUCUAUAAAUCUAAACGUGGAUGCAAAACUUCGUGUACAUAAUGGCGCUUUAGAUCAGCUAGCAUUGACGGAGCGACCACCUUAUGAAGUAUUUAUAGUUGUUAAACAAACCUUGCUUAGUAUGGGUAUUGAGAUUAGACGUGAAGGCGAAUUCAAGGUAAAAUGCCUUAGGCGUAAACGUAAAGGAGGUGUACCUAUUGAUAAUAAUUUCUAUUCCAAUAACGACAAUAACGGUAAUAAGGGUACCUCACAAGUUUCAGAAUCAACAGAAUCAUUAGAUGUUAACACAGAAAAGAAACGUAAAAAAUAUUCUUCAACGCCUUUUAAAACCUUAUUGCGGCUUAUUUAUGGAGACCCAACUGUAGAUUCAGGUGAAGAAGUUAGAUUUUCUGUGGAGUUGUGUCGAAUCAAAAAUUUACCUGGAUUGUAUAUUGUUGACAUAAAAAGAUUGAAGGGUAAUCGUUGGAGUUAUAAAUUCUUGUAUCACACACUUUUGGACAGAUUAGAUCUUAAGGGGCAAAGUGGUUAUUUAACUAUUGGUACAAGUGGUGGUCUGAUUUAUUGA